AUGGCGUCACCGGUGAGUCCGCCGUCGGAUGCGGAGGCGACCCGAGCGGAGAAUCUCCUCAGGAACACGGCCAUGGGAGCGGCGGCAGAGCGGAAGGAGGAGGAGGGGGAUCGCCGCCGAGGGAGACCCGGGUGCCCGGCAUACGAAGACGGCGUCUUGGUCCCCGGGGAAGCGGCGGCGGUGGUGGUGGUGGCGGUGCCAGAGCCGGCGAGGGAGGAAGAGGACUGCGGGAGGGAGAGGCUGAAGAGGCACCGGGUGGCGAUGGCGGGGCACGUCUGGAUACCGGACACGUGGGGGCAGGAGAAGCUGCUCAAGGACUGGGUUGACUGCGCCGCCAUCGACCGGACGCUCGUGCCCAACGGGCUCCUCUCGGCGAGGGAGGCCCUCGCGGAGGAGUGCCGCCGGGCCAACUCCAGCGGCUUCCCGAUUGAGAGCCGCUGUCUCAGCGCAUGA